AACAACACCCUCCGGACGAACCACAGCCCCCACGGCCACGCAAAGAUGCUGUUCUCGCCCAUUGGUCUCCUCGCCGCGGCGGGCAGCUUGCUCUCGCUCACGUCGGCGCACAACAUCCAGAUGAAGGCGCACCAGCGCGAGUGCUUCCACGAGUCGCUGCACAAGGACGACAAGAUGACCGUGACCUUCCAGGUCGGCGACCGCGAGUUCGGCGGCAGCGGCAACCUGGAGAUUGACUUCUGGAUCGAGACCCCGUCCCACAGCUACCAGGUCCACGAGCGCGGCGUGUCGUCGGGCGACCACACCUUCGACGCCGCCGAGGACGGCAAAUACACAUACUGCUUCAACAACGAGCACUGGGGCGCGAACACAAAGGAGAUCUCGUUCAACGUGCACGGCAUCGUCUACGUGCCCGAGUCCGAGGCGCCCCAGGAUCCCCUGGACAAGGAGGUGCGCCAGCUGGCCGAGCUCGUCUCGCAGGUCAAGGACGAGCAGGGCUACAUUGUCGUUCGCGAGCGGACACACAGGAACACCGCUGAGAGCACCAACGCGCGCGUCAAGUGGUGGAGCAUCUUCCAGAUUCUGGUGCUCGGCGCGAACGGCGGCUUCCAGGUGUGGUGGUUGAAGAGGUUUUUCGAGGUCAAGCGUGUUGUAUAAGAGGGUAUGGCAGUGGCGGUCAGAUAGCAUUGUUCAUUUGGCGUUUGAGCGCACAGGAACUUGGGAAAAGUACGAUAAGAGGCGGGCAUUGCAGGCAGUUCAGAAAUGCAUGAACUUCUUGACUUUCGUUGUGCAUCGUAAGAUAUGGGAGGUGUUUAUGGUAACCCGGCCAAGCUCGUUUCAAAGAGCGCAUGCUCCCCAGGCGACAAUCCCAUCUCCAUUCUUUGUUGGCAAAGUGUAUGCGCGACACAGGAAGCCAUGUUUAGAACAUGCAGCCUUGGGUCACUCUAAUUCUCACGUAGCAGCUGCAGGCACCCGUUCUCCAGGCCGCUCCCUGCACCGGCCUGUUGCGCUCUCUCUGCCAGACCCCGUGUUGCUGCAUCCUCUUAGCAUCCUCUUGUUGUUGGCUGGCAUGCC